GGUAGAUAGAUGCUACCCUCAUUUUACCCCAACUAAACCAAAGCAAGCCUUGUAGCCCCCUCUCUCCCUCCCUCCCUCUUCUUAUUAGUAUUUCCUUCAUGAGCUCCCAUCCCACUCUUUUGCUUUCUUCUUUCCCCUCCUCAAGCUACAGGAUAAAUAUGAUAGUGGUAAUGGGCACUCAAUCUUUAUCUAGGGUUUCAUCAGCUUGAGUUUAAUUCCUCCUUGAUUAUAUACUUCAAGACCAGAAGGGAAUUGAUUAGUGUAGUUUGAGGGCGCAACUCCUGAAUUGAAUUUGAGAUAUAUAGCUAGCUAGCUAGCUAGCUAGCUACACAUAUACAUAUCAUCAUGGGGAGAGGGAGGGUUCAGCUGAAGCGGAUUGAGAACAAGAUCAGCCGACAAGUGACAUUCUCCAAGCGGAGGACGGGGCUCCUCAAGAAGGCCCAUGAGAUCUCUGUGCUGUGCGACGCCGAUGUCGCCUUGAUUGUCUUCUCCACCAAAGGCAAGCUCUUUGAGUACUCCACUGAUUCAUGCAUGGAGAGAAUCUUGGAACGGUACGAGAGAUAUGCAUAUGCAGAAAGACAAGUAGUUGCUCCCGAUGCUGAAUGUUCUCAGGGAAGCUGGUCAUUUGAGACUCCUAAGCUCUUAUCUCGCAUUGAAGUCUUGCAGAGGAACAUAAGGAACUUGACUGGAGAAGAUUUGGAUCCUCUAAACCUGAGAGAGCUCCAGUAUCUAGAGCAGCAGCUCGACACGGCUCUUAAGCGAAUUCGGACUCGAAAGAAUCAGCUGAUGCAUGAGUCGAUCCACGAGCUCCAAAAGAAGGAGAAAUCUCUGCAGGAGCAAAACAACGUGUUAUCCAAGAAGCUCAAAGAGAAUGAGAAGGCGGCCGAGCGAGUGCCAUGGGAGGAGCAAACCCUCGCAACGGGCCACAACGCCUUUCUUCUGCCUCCAUCAACUGCGACCCUUCCAGUUCCUUCUCUAACCAUUGGCAACACGUUUUCCACAAGGGUUGAUGACGAGGCUAGAUCUCAGGCUCGAUCAACCGGCACUCUCAUGCCACCUUGGCUCAUCCGACAUGUGAACGAGUAGAUAAAGAAUCGGUUAUUCGCUCGCACGUACGGUCUGCCUCCAUUGAAGAAAAAUUCUCAGCCAUAAGUGUGUAUGUUCCGCAAACAAGAUUUGGCCGUGGUGACAGAUACAUCCAUAUUGCCCAUAUCCCCAGCUUCCCCUUGUAAAGCUCCUAAUGCCAGAUGAACCCUUGUCGAUGCUAUUGCUAACAACUCCGCUUCAACAUAUGAAUCCCAUUCGAAAUCUAUCUUGCCUCGAGAGGCCUCAUGUUUUGAAAACAA